AUGAUACAUUCUUGGCCACAGCUUUUGGUUCUUCUCAAUCUAUUCGUUAUAAUCAUUUUAUACUAUGUUGCUGAACGAAGAUCCCAAUACAUCGGUAACAUCGUUUCGUAUCAGAACAGCUUCCAUGCUCAACGCUUUAUCUUCCGAAAAGAAUUAAUCCGUCAGUUUCUUGCAAGUCAUUCCCGUUUCUAUGGUUAUUCAGCUGAUGCGUGUAAUGUCACCAAUGGUGCCAAUCGUGAACAACCACGUAUUUUGUUUAAUGUUUCUGAAUUACUUGCGAAACUUCCUCAACAGGUUGUGCCAUUUCCGGAAGCGAUUUUUGAAGGGCAAGGCAUCGUUUUCAUUGUCGGUUACGCUCAAGCCUCCAUUGAAAAAGUCAGCUUGAAAAUGAUCGAACUAUCUGGAACAAAAUUACCAGUGCAGGUAGAGUUUAUUUGUUAA